UCCCCGGCCGCUGAGUCUUCCAAAAACUGUGGCCCGGACCUGGGUGAGGUGGCCAACUUCGAGUGGCUCCAGUGCAGCCGCUACAAACCUCCCAAGCUUCCGAACGCUCGCGAUGGCUGCCAAAGAAGCGUACGAUGGGCCAGGCACGAGGCUGGAUCAAGAACGCUCUAUGCUACGGGGUCCAAACAACGGACGACGUGAGUUUCCCCGGAGGCGGUACUUGGGCCGCAACCCCCGCAUUCCGUUCACGAGCGUCCAGGUAUCUGCGCUGGAGGCGCAGUUUGCGGUCACUCGCUAUCUGAGCGGCGCGCAGGUGCACAGCAUCGCCGUCGCUCUGGGACUCACCGACACCAGGGUGAAAAUCUGGUUCCAGAACCGUCGUGCCCGGGAGAAGCGUGAACGCCAGCCUUACCAUCUAACCGAACACGGCUCCACAACAGCACAGUCUGCUGCAUUAGGAGCAUCGCUAGCAGCUGAAACAGUUCGUCUGGCGCCGACAAUGGGCUUCGACUUGUCGCGGCCGCUACAUGAGCGGUUGCAUUCCCCAACAGUGCUUGCACCUUCAGGUCUGGAAACGGUGUCUACUCGGCAAGUCUCACUGAAUAGAAGCGGAACCAACUUCUUUCCACCUUUUGGGUACUGGCCAGCGCUGCCAGUGCUGCAGUGGAGUUCACAAGCAAGCGACAGUUUGCCCUGACUUGUGUUGCGAUCUAAAAGCCUUUAAAGGGUCGGAAAUUUUGUGGAGCUCCCAACAGUCUCAGAGAGCUUGCUUUCAUGGAUACUCAAUAUGAAAGCUGAAUUUAAAAUUUCUGUAUACUGUUUGUAAAAUUUUGCUUUCACAUAAACGUAUUUUCUUGCCUA